AUGAUUAUCAGAUUAAAAAGAGUCCACUUAUCAUUUGUGCACCCUACUUCAUACUACUCCACUCGGCGUACUUCAGAAUCACAUGUUCAAAAAGCCAAAAGCAAAUUAGAGGUUUGGGAGGGAAUAAGUGUGAAGGAGUUGUCAUCCGCAGCCAAAAUAUCCCCUCAUGUAAUCCUUCAAACUCUCAACUCAUCACUAGUUACAAAACAGAAAGCCAAUAACAAUUCAAAGUUGGAAGAUAAAAAGAUAAUUGAAACCCUAGUGAGAUUAAUGGGAUUCACGCCAGUUUUUAGGCGUCAGGUCACUGAAGAAACAAUUGACUAUGAUGCUUAUCCAAGACCGCCGUGUCCUCCAGAAAUAUGUGAACCCCGCCCUCCUAUUGUUGCAGUCUUGGGUCAUGUAGAUCAUGGAAAAACAACAUUGUUAGACGCCUUGCGUUCCAGUAGAGUUGUAGAUGAGGAGUUCGGAGGUAUAACUCAACAUCUUGGCGCGUUUACCGUAUCUCUAUCAUCUGUUGAGCAAAAUGCUGGUUGUACACUAUCUAACUCUACCUCAUCUUCUCGGAGCAUUACGUUUCUGGAUACACCAGGUCAUGCAGCAUUUUCUGGUAUCCGUUUACGAAGUGCAAAGGUGACUGACAUAAUGCUUCUCGUAGUCGCUGCUGAUGACGGAGUUAAACCUCAAACUGUUGAGGCGAUUCGUUAUGCGAAAGAAACAGAUACUCCCAUUGUCGUUGCAGUGAAUAAAGUUGACAAACAUGAAGCUAACCUAGAUAAAGUGGUUCAAGGUUUAGCCACCUAUGAGGUACUAACUGAACAGUUAGGAGGAGACGUACAAGCUGUUCCAAUAUCAGCAUUAAAAAGAAUAAAUCUUUCCGGUUUAUUGGAAGCUAUUAUUCUUCAAGCUGAAAUAAUGCAAUUAAAAGCAGAUCAUACUGGACCAGCUGAAGGAGUUGUUUUAGAAUCAGAAACUCUGCAUGGAAUUGGUAAAACUGCUAUUUGCUUGGUUACUCGAGGUAUAUUGCGUAAGUCACCGAAAAGUGGCCCCCUUAUUGCUGGCGAAGCAGUUUGCAGCCCGCGGAUUUUACUAGACGAUACAGGCAAAUCUGUGGAUUCAGUUAGUCCAGGCUUCGUAGCACGGCUUGCAGGCUGGAAAGACCUACCAUCUCCAGGGGAUCUAUUAUUAGAAUUGGAAUCAGUGACAAGAGCAAAUGAAGUUCAACACUAUCGUAGACGUAUUAAAAUGCUGAACAAAGCUAAAGAAGACAGAAAUGAAUAUGAACAGCGAAUGAGCUCUUAUCGAGAAUUUCGUGAUGAAUUCACACAAAAACGAUUAAGUACUCCUCGUAACCAGUGGAAAAAAUUAAGGGAAGAACAUAAUCGAAUUGAAUUUAAUCCUUGGGAGAAAAAUCAUGAUCAGAUUUCAUUGCCUUUAGUAAUUAAAAGUGAUGUACAAGGAAGUUUAGAAGCUAUUAAAACACUUCUUUCUACAUGUCCAUCAGAUCAGUGUCGAAUAGAAUAUUGUCUUACUGGUAUUGGUCCUUUAACAGAAUCUGAAGUAGAAUCUGCAGCUGCUGUUAACGCAACUGUCCUACUAUUCAACAUUCAUGCUCUGCCGGAAGCAACGAGUAAAGCUCAACAAAAAAAUAUAGAAAUUAAAGAAUUCAAUAUUAUUUAUCGGUUGGCAGAAGAAGUUCGUGAAUUAGUUAAUAAACGACUUCCAUCAAUAUCAACAGAGAAAAUAAUUGGUGAAGCAGAAAUUUUACAAUUGUUUACUAUUAAAGAGGCUAAAAGUACAGUGAAAUCUGAACGCUUACCAGUUGCUGGAUGCAGGUGUAUCAAAGGAAAUAUUGUAGCUAAUAUCAGUAAAGUUGGACCUUUCCUUAUGGAUUUAGGCAUCACCAAUGAACCAAUUACACUAGGCUAUCGUGUUAUCCGUCCAAAUCACCGUUCACAAUCUACUUCACAAAUGAAUAAGCCUUCAAAUAUGCUGAAAAAAGAUUCCAAUCAGAAAAAUGAAGUUGACUUUUCUACUUCCAGUGAUAUUAUAGUCAGUCGAGCUGACUGUUAUUCAUUACGUCAUGAAAAAGCAGUUGUUGAGAGUAUCCGAAGAGGUGUGGAAUGUGGUAUUGUAUUGGUAUCGCCUGAAAUUCAGGCUGAUAACAACCGUGAUACAUCAAAAAAUUUUAUCUUUGACUGGAAAGUUGGCGAUAUCAUACAGUGUUAUGUAGUAAUAGAGGAGACGCCUGAAGUUGAAUGGGAUUUUGAAACGAAGUACUCAGAAACACAACGUAACUAA